CGCUUACCGUACUAUAUAAGUCCGGCAGCCAGAUCGCAUUGAUCCAGACGAAAACUGAAUCCCGUGAUUCCAUCCGACGUCAGCUCGAAAAUCUUUAAACAUGCACAAAAGUAUCGCCGUUACUUACGCCGUUCUGUUCGCGUUGGUUCUCGUCGGUGCCAAACCAAUUCCUCAGUGGCAAAACAACGAUUUGGACGUACUCGCGCCCGCGGAUGCCUAUCGUUACAGUAACGCGUUCUGGUUCGGCAGACCUUAUUACGAAAUGGACGACGCCGGGGAUAAUGCCUACUCUAAUUCGCUGCUGAAACAACGGACAUCCACCUUGUCCUACGCCAGUGUUGGAGCCGGGUGGGGUCGUUGAACAGGCAACCAAUGAAAUUCACCGAUAAAGCUCACCAUUCUUUCAGCUUUUAGCGUACACUAGUUACCUAGCACACAAGCGGCGCGUCAUCAAUUUGUAUUUAUAGUCAUUAACUUCCAUCAAUUAACGGCAUUCAUUGUCACGAAAUUUAGUUCGGUCGGGAAUUAAUUCUUUGACAUCGCGUCCAGCGAUCUUUAUACUUUCGCUUGUCACUCUACGAAAUUAAUCGAAUCGAUAGUCAAUCGCGUUAAUGGAUACUGCGCGCGAUCCUAUAUAAUGCGUGACCUCUGUUUCGAAAACGUCAGCAAGUUUCACGGCUCGUGGAGCGUGGCCUCUGGAAAUUUACGCGUAAGUACUACGUUGUCUGCGAGAUACGUUAAAAAAUUAGUCACACGCGACCUCUGCCAACCGAAGCGGAGAUCGCCGACCGCUAAACAACCGGCAAGUGUUCACGGAUUUUCGGGAUACUGACAGCGAGUAUAUAAGCGACAGCGCGAUAAACUGGACGAUAGUGUACUCUAUCAGUUUUAAAACAGUGGUUCGAGAG